AGAAACAUAUUCUGUUAAGGUUUUAAUCGAUCUAUAGUUUGAAAUUUCGUCAAAAAAGUCAUGUUUCCAAAUUACUGCUUUACUAAAUCAGCCAGGCAGUCCGGCUACGAUGUUAUAAGGAGAAACUAUAUUACCAAGGAUAGUUCCCAGCGAAUUGGCCGACAACCCCCCCGACGUGAAGUGAAGUCCGCCGCCGGCAGUGCCCGAAAUAACUCCGAAGUCCGGUACGGGUGCGAACCCCGCGAUUCCCCAGUAAAACGCAGUCGGCGCCAGAAGAAGGUGCCCAAGUGGAGCUCUUCGUCUCCGAAAGCCUCGUCCUCACGCAGCGUUGGUUUCCGACUGCCGGCAGUGGUCUGCACUGGAGCCAGAGAGAGCCGCGAAGCCGCCGGCGACGACAAGACCCGGAGCGAAAAAGGAGGCAUGGGUCCCGAAAAUUCAAGCGAUCUCAAUCGCGAGCUACAGGAGUCCUUUGCAGACUUCUUCAGCAUAAUCCACGACAAUGUCCUGGAAUCGGUGCAGGGUGCGGUCGAGAAAAUGGUGUCGAAAUGCUUUGCCGAUUCUAUGGAGAAAAUGGAUCGCAUCUCCAAGGAUCUGGUGCAGCAGGAGACAUUGCUAAAUAAAAUCUAUCGCGAUGUUACCAACAAAAUAUCGGACCAAUGCGAAACGAACAUGAAUCAGUUCAAGUUCGUCACCCAAAUGCUGAUUGACAACCAGACGGUUCACUACCGGGCGCUCAACCAGGCGAAGCUAAACAAGCAGCGCCGCAAGGAACAGAAGGAGGAGGAAAAGCAGCGGAAGAAGGUCAACGAGCGGAAGCGGAAGGAUUCGCAGAUGGAGCGGGAGCGCAGGAAACGGGGCUCCAGCGUCGACAUAUCCAGGAGACCCGCUGGCGGGGCGGGUAAGGAGUGUGCCCAUCGACAACCGCAACAUCAGCUCUGCCAGCAACAGGUGCCCGUGACUUACAUUUGCCAGUCCUGCUCGGAGCAGGAGGCGAAGGCCCGACCGCCGUCGAGGCACCGAACCGGUCCCGUUCCCAUUCGAAGAUCCGCCUCACACAGCAUGCCAAACCUGCCGAGUCGCAACUCCGUGCCUGGAAAGCUGCACAGCUCAUCCACCAGGUUCCCGAGGGUGCCCAUCGGCCGCCAGUUCAACAGCAAGAUGGCGCAGGCCCUCUGCGCGCCGGCUAUGACCUAUCCACCUAGCCAACGCAGUGGAUCGACUCCGCGUCGAAAGCUUCUGCCGCGGAUAAAGUCCGGAGUAGGACUGUCGGAGGGCAAGCUGGGGAGAUAGUCAACCUUUAGUUUUACAACCCUCGGCCCCUAGUCCAGA